GGUUUUAGUGUCACGGGCAAGGCAGAAGCCCGCAGUUGAACAACAGGUAUUUCUGACUGCAAAUCAUCUUGUCUUCACUAAGUAAGUGGCUGACUGGGAAUCAAAUCAAGGUGGUUUUUCAGUUUUAGUUUUAGUUUUGUGUUUCAUCCAUAAACCCAUGUUUCCCCCCCCAUCAUAUCCCUGUAGAUAGAAAGUAGAAAAUGUAAAUACAGACAUCAUAAUGAGGCAUAAAGCUUUUUUUAAAAAACUCUGCUUUUUUCUAGAAAGAAUGGAGACUGCUUGAAGCAACAUAUAUUAUAUAAGAUAAAAAAUAAUGAAAUGACUUGGAGGAAGAGAGAAUAAGGAUAGGAGAAACAAAAUCCACAUCAUAAAGCCCUCUAUACAUUAAAAGAAGUGGGCCACAGGGUUGACAUGGAGCUUCCUACUGGCCUGUGCAAAAAAGGAAUCAGAUAUAUAUUCCAUCUGAAGUGAUCAGCUGCCAAGAAGUCUUGGAUACUAAGGACCUUAAAAUAGAAAAAGUAGUGAUCAACGGACAAGAAGUCAAAUAUGCUCUUGGAGAAAGACAAAGUUACAAGGGAUCGCCAAUGGAAAUCUCUCUUCCUAUCGCUUUGAGCAAAAAUCAAGAAAUUGUUAUAGAAAUCUCCUUUGAGACCUCUCCAAAAUCUUCUGCUCUUCAGUGGCUCACUCCUGAACAGACUUCUGGGAAGGAACACCCAUAUCUCUUUAGUCAGUGCCAGGCCAUCCACUGCAGAGCAGUCCUUCCUUGUCAGGAUACUCCUUCUGUGAAAUUAACCUAUACUGCAGAGGUGUCUGUUCCUAAAGAACUGGUGGCACUUAUGAGUGCUAUUCGUGAUGGAGAAGCACCUGACCCAGAAGACCCAAGCAGAAAAAUAUACAAAUUCAUCCAAAAGGUGCCGAUACCCUGCUACCUGAUUGCUUUAGUUGUGGGAGCUUUAGAAAGCAGACAAAUUGGCCCAAGAACUUUGGUGUGGUCUGAGAAAGAGCAGGUGGAAAAGUCUGCUUAUGAGUUUUCUGAGACUGAAUCUAUGCUUAAAAUUGCAGAAGAUCUGGGAGGACCAUAUGUAUGGGGACAGUAUGACCUAUUGGUCCUGCCACCGUCCUUCCCUUAUGGUGGCAUGGAGAAUCCUUGCCUUACUUUUGUAACCCCCACUCUACUGGCAGGAGAUAAGUCACUCUCCAAUGUCAUUGCACAUGAAAUAUCUCAUAGCUGGACAGGGAAUUUAGUGACCAACAAAACUUGGGAUCACUUUUGGUUAAAUGAAGGACAUACUGUGUACUUGGAACGCCACAUUUGCGGACGAUUGUUUGGUGAAAAGUUCAGACAUUUUAAUGCUCUGGGAGGAUGGGGAGAGCUACAGAAUUCGGUGAAGACAUUUGGGGAGACACAUCCUUUCACCAAACUUGUGGUUGAUCUGACAGAUGUAGACCCUGAUGUAGCUUAUUCUUCAGUUCCCUAUGAGAAGGGCUUUGCUUUACUUUUUUACCUUGAACAACUGCUUGGAGGACCAGAGGUUUUCCUAGGAUUCUUAAAAGCUUACGUUGAGAAAUUUUCCUAUAAGAGCAUAACUACUGAUGACUGGAAGGAUUUCCUGUAUUCCCAUUUUAAAGAUAAGGUUGAUGUUCUCAAUCAAGUUGAUUGGAAUGCCUGGCUCUACUCUCCUGGACUGCCUCCUAUAAAACCCAAUUAUGAUAUGACUCUGACAAAUGCCUGCAUUGCCUUAAGUCAAAGAUGGAUUACUGCCAAAGAAGAUGAUUUAAAUUCAUUCAAUGCCACAGACCUGAAAGAUCUCUCCUCUCAUCAGUUGAAUGAGUUUUUAGCACAGAUGCUCCAGAAGGCACCUCUUCCAUUGGGGCACAUAAAGCGAAUGCAAGAGGUGUACAACUUCAAUGCCAUUAACAAUUCUGAAAUACGAUUCAGAUGGCUGCGGCUCUGCAUUCAAUCCAAGUGGGAGGACGCAAUUCCUUUGGCGCUAAAGAUGGCAACUGAACAAGGAAGAAUGAAGUUUACCCGGCCCUUGUUCAAGGAUCUUGCUGCCUAUGACAAAUCCCAUGAUCAAGCUGUCCGAACCUACCAAGAGCACAAAGCAAGCAUGCACCCCGUGACUGCAAUGCUGGUGGGGAAAGACUUGAAAGUGGAUUAGAGAUCUGCCUAUUGAUGGUUUUAAAGAUUUCUCUUUUUUUAAAUGGAAUUCAUAAAGGAAUAUAAAACUUCAGCUCACAAUUAAAAUUCUUUUUAGUUUUGACUUACUGUUUUGUUGGUGAUUUUACUGAAAUAAAGUUGAUCUUCUUAUA